AUGGCGUACUGUGGUCACUGCAAGCAAGAGGUGGAAGUCGAAAAUGAUGACGCGAAUGGGUACCAGUGUUGCACAACUUGUGGUGCUGUGCUGGACGAGGGUGGCUUCUCUACCGAAGUCACCUUCACGAAGGGUGCUGGAGGCGUCAGCACUGCAGACGGGCAGUUCCUCUCCGAUGCAGCAGCCUCUCGUGGCUUGGCCAGGAUUUCUGGUGGCCGAGGUUAUGGGUAUCAGCUGGACUCGCACGAAAAGUCGCUGAACAAGGGGAGGAGCGAGGUGACUCAGCUGGUGGAUCGGCUGCGCAUUGCCCCUCGGGACGACACUGUGGAGGCCGCCUCGCGCCUCUACAAGCUGGCCCUCAGCCGCAACUUCACCCGCGGUCGGCGGACACAACUGGUGGCGGCGGCGUGCCUGUACAUAGUGUGCCGCCAGGACUCCAAGCCUUUCAUGCUGAUCGACUUCUCAGACGCGCUCCAGGUCAAUGUGUUCACCCUGGGCGCCGUCUUCCUGCACCUCUGCAAGCUGCUCCGCCUUGAGGAGCACCCCAUGUUCCAGCGGCCAGUGGACCCCAGCCUGUACCUGCACCGUUUUGCCAACAGGCUGUGCGUGAACGACAAGUUCCAUGCGGUGACCAACACAGCGCUGCGGCUGGUGGCCAGCAUGAAGCGCGACUGGAUGCAGACCGGCCGACGGCCCUCCGGCAUCUGUGGCGCCGCCCUCUUCAUUGCAGCCCACAUCCACGGCGUGGAGAAGAGCAAGAGGGACGUGGUGAACAUAGUGCACGUGGGCGAGGCGACUCUGGCGAAGCGCGUGAAGGAGUUUGCGCUGACCACGAGCGGCGACCUGACCAUAGAGGAGUUUGAGGACGAGGGCCGAGCCCUGGAGGCCCAGCACAGGAAGGAGCUGCAGCUCAACACCAUCGGCGCCCCCGCCCCCGCACACACCAAGGGCGGCUGCCAACACCUCACUGCCGGAGCGGCGCAGCACUUUGCGCACGGCAUGUGCAAGGUGUGCUACGAGGAAUUCUUGGAGGUCACGGGGGGGACUAGCGCCGGCGCCGACCCGCCCGCCUUCACGGCCGGCCUCGCCCCCAAGAAGGUAGCUCUCAUGCACUGCCCCGCAGAGCUCGACGGGGCGGCCGGGGGCGUUCCUGCCGCGCCGGCGGCUGACGUGGCGGAUGACGUGGCGGACGAGGAGCUGUCGGAGCUGGAGGAUGACGAGGCGUCGCUGUACCUGCACACGCCGGAGGAGGCCAAACUCAAGGAACUCAUCUGGACCGAGCUCAACCGGGAGUUCCUCGAUUGCCAAUCCGCCAAAGCCGCCGCCCUCGAAUCCGCCGCCGCCAAGGCGCGUCCAGAAGACAUGUUGGAGCCUGCAGAGACUCCGGAGGAGGCCACGCGGCGGAUGCUGGACGCCAAGAAGCUGUCCUCCAAGAUCAACUACAACGCGCUCGCCAAUCUCUUCAGCGAAACCUCCCGUGGCGAGCAGUGA